AUGGAUAUUUCUAAAAAAACUGCCCUCAUUGAAGCUCUGUUGUUAGAGGAUCUUCCAGAUUGUAGCGAAGAUUCUGAUGUAGGCGUUUCCCAUGAAGAAGUCGAAAAAGAUUUUCAAGUACCCUUAUCGAGAGGCUUCGACGACUAUUUUGAGGAGGCUAUUGAGAGGGUCUUAGCUGAAAUUCCUCCAUCGCCGACAAAUGAAGAAGUGUCAUCAGGUUGUUCCGUUAAUCAGGUAUAUGCAUCUCUAAUCCCUAUCCCCAGUCCCCAAAUUGCUCUUCCUUCAACAAAUACGUCCAUGCCUAGAGCUACCAGACCGAAAGUAGUAGAACCAACCAAACGUAAGUGGAAGAAACGAAACUUAGAGACAAAUAUAUCGGAAUAUAAUGCAAAUACUGAAGUAGUAGAAGAAUUUUUUGCUCACUUUACUAAACCGACUGAUAUAUUUCAAUUCAAUGAUCGCCAAUAA